AGCAUCGCGUUUUACUUCUGCUUUACACCUCCGGCCCCAGCACUACCGCCCCACAACAUUUCCAGGAACGGAUUACCCGGGGGAGUUUUAUAGCGGAGCAUCUGCACAGCACUCCGCGCCACCACUGGCAGGGCAUCGCUCAGUAUGUCGCACACAACCAAGCAGCUGAAGAAGGCUGCGCGGAUCAUCCUCGUCGGUGCUCCUGGUGUAGGAAAGGGAACGCAGUCUGAGCGACUGCUCAUGCGCUUCCCGCAGCUGGCCUCCAUCAGCUCGGGUGAUCUUUUGCGAGAGAAUGUGCGUCGCAGAACACAGCUCGGCGUCCAAGCCGAGGCCACAAUGCAGUCCGGCAACCUGGUCCCGGACUCAAUGAUACUCGGCCUCAUCUCUUCCGAAUUGGCAUCCAAGGGUUGGCUCCAACGGUCUUCGCCAUCUGAAACUUCGUCUACCAAUUCUGCAUACUCCUCAUCCACAUCCUCCUCGCAGUCCACCGCUUCACUUCCCCAGAUCUCCCCCACAGCCUCCUUCAUUCUCGACGGAUUUCCCCGCACUGCCGCUCAAGCAACAAGCCUUGAUACCUUAGUCCCUGUCAACUUCGUCGUGCAUCUCCUCACGCCACCAUCCGUGAUUCUCGCACGCAUUGCCUCGCGCUGGGUGCAUGAGCCAUCAGGGCGAGUGUACAAUACAGACUUCCAUGCUCCCAAGGUUCCCGGCAAGGACGAUGUCACGGGCGAAACAUUGACACAGAGAGAAGACGACUCUAUCGACACAUGGAAGCAGCGGCUGCGGAAAUUCGAGGAGACCAGCAAAGCUCUUCUUGAGCAUUACGACCGGCGCGGGUGCCUUUGGCGCGUCGAGGGCAACUCGAGUGACGAGAUAUCUCCCAAGCUGUUCGCGGAAAUUGAACGAAGAUUCUGCUAGGGCUAAUGUCUACAUGUAUACAUAUUCUUAAUUGCGCUCCGAUAAAUUGGGCACAUGCUUAGCGGUGAUUGCCUAGG